UGCUGCAUUAUUUUCUUUUCGCAGAUCAAGCGACAAGUCAAAGAAGGCAAGCAUCGAUUGCUCACUGAUUUAGCUGCAAUUUGAUUUUGGUCCAUUACUAGCAUGGCUCCCGCUGCAACAUCGACAGCUGCACCGUCAGCUCCGCCAUCCCUCUCACUGCCACCAUCUCAAUUUGCCCGGCUCCAACCUCACGCCUACCUUCUUGCCCAUCUAUCACCUCCUCCCUCAAGCAAUCAGCCCUCUAUUCGAGCCAAUGGCCGUGCUACCUCCCAGUUCCGCGUUACCUCUGCGAACACCGGCUCUUUGACGCAUACGAACGGCAGUGCCGUAGUCAGAAUCGGUGACACUGCGGCGGUCUGCGGGGUUCGCGCUGAGAUUCUUCAUACCGAUGACAUCGCCUCGUGGAGUGUAUCGCAGGCAUCGGCACCUGCUUCUACGAACAAGCGGCGGAAGAUAACCGACACCACUGAGAAGCCGACUGUGGCAGCCAGCCAUGAAAACGAUGACGAAGACGAAGACGACGAAUCACACAUUCAAGAUCUUAAUUUGCUCGUGCCGAACCUUUCACUAAGCACUGGCUGCGCACCUGGAUUUAUCCCUGGCGCUCCACCCUCGGCGCUGGCGCAGUCGCUGUCACAUCAGAUCUUAUCACUCCUACACAGUACCCGCUUAGUGCGCGCAGAGGAUCUGCGAAUCUGGUAUCAGCCGCCGAACCUGGGAGCAGAGGAGUUGGAACGGCAUAAUGAGGACGAGCAGAUGGAUGUGGAUGCUCAUGACGGCGAUGCGGGUUCCAAGAGCAGAGAAAUCAAGGCGUUCUGGGUGCUUUACAUUGAUGUGAUGAUUAUCUCGUUAGCGGGCAAUGCUUUCGAUGCUGCCUGGGCCGCUGUUCUGGCUGCACUUCGGGAUACGAAAUUGCCCAAGGCAUGGUGGGACGUCGAUAACGAGAUGGUGGUGUGCUCGGAAGCGGUUUCUAAGGCGCACAAACUGUCUUUGCGAGGUAUGCCUGUCGCCAGCUCGUUCUGCGUCUUCGAGGCAGAUGCAGCUUCUGGGUGGAGAAAGGUCAUUAUUCCCGAUGCUGAAGAAGAGAGGAAGAUUGAGGAGAGUGACAGGAAAGGCAUUCAGCGAAGGUGGAUCCUCGCUGACCCCGAUGGAUAUGAGGAGAGUUUGAGCCAGGAGAGGAUUUGCAUCGUGACAGUGAUUGUGAGAAUGGAGAAGAAUGGUGGAUUGGCAGCGGACACUAGAGAGCUGAAGCAGCUGGUUGACAUCUCCGCGCAACGAUGGGAUGAUAUGAAACGGAUCCUUGAUAGUUGCUGAUUCGGGCGGGUUGCCUUGUAUAUCUUAACUUUAAGAACGAUGAUGAUACCAUUUGAAACCUCUGAAGG